GGGUCGGGGUGGGGGGCGGGGCCCGGGGCCGAGGCGAUGGGGCCGCGGGCGCUCCUCAGCCCCGGGGUCCUGGUGCGGACCGGACACACGGUGCUGACCUGGGGGAUCACUCUGGUGCUCUUCUUGCACGAGACCGAGCUGAAGCAGCAGGAAGCCCGAGGGGAACUGCUGCAGCCCUUGCUCUUCAUCCUCCUGGUGCUCUGCUCUCUGAUGCUCUACCUGGCCGUUUCCCUCAUGGACCCUGGCUAUGUGGGGCCCGACCUGGAGUCCCCAGCGAUCCAGCUCCAGAAAGAACCCAGGGAAGAGCAGACAGCUAUGAUCCCCCCAAAGACGCUCCGGCUCCGGCGUUGUGGCUACUGUUUGCUACAGCAGCCCCUUCGUUCCAAACACUGCCGCUCCUGUAAACGCUGCGUCCGUCGUUUUGACCACCAUUGCCCUUGGAUCGAAAACUGUGUAGGGGAGCGCAACCACCCCCUCUUCUUGGCCUACUUGGCAGUUCAGCUGGCGGUGCUCCUGUGGGGCUUGCGCCUGGCCUGGUCUGGCCUCCAUUUCCAGGAGCCCUGGCAGAGCUGGUUCCAGCACAAUGGUCUCCUUUUUGCCACCUUCUUGCUGCUAGCCAUCUUCUCAACUGUGGUGACACUGCUUCUGGCCUCUCAUCUCUACCUGGUGGCCAGUGAUAUGACCACUUGGGAGUUUAUCUCCCCACACCGAAUUGCCUACCUCCGUCACCGGUCUGACAGCCCCUUUGACCGUGGCCUUGCCCGAAACCUGGCUCGAUUCUUCUGUGGCUACGGGGCUGUGCCCUGGGAGGUACUCUAUGCCCAAGAGGAAGAGGGUGAGGCUGUGUAGCACCUCUAGGAGGAGUGGGCAGUGGGAGCAAGCUCUCUGGUGGCUAUCAUUCAGGCUAAGGUUCCACCUAGAUUUCAUUCUAUCUUGUCACUUCCUAUCCCCAUAAAGUCCUGGGGAAGAAUGUCACCUCUUUACUACCCUUGACCCAUUUGUGGCCAAACCCUGGAUACUUUUCCAUUCUCCAUUCCUGUGGCAGGUUGCUGGACUCUCUGGGAAACCACCAGACUGCAGAACACUGUCCCCUCCCCAAGAGACAGAAGCUUCAUCCCAGACGCUUAUUAAGUUGAGUCAGGAUUAGGGACUCGGACAGUAGGACUUUUAAGGGCCAACUGGAAAUGGUCACAGAGGUAGUAUAGGGGAGGCCUUGGCUGGCUCAAGGCCUAAGGAAGGAGGCAGGAGAAACUGAGGCUUAAGUAUGCAUCCCCAUACUUACCCAGUCUAUUUAUGUAGCAGCCCUGUUGAGUGUAAAGGCCUUUGAAUUUUAGUUCCCAGUGAAUCCUCAGAACUUUUAUAUUUUUCCUUCCUUCCCCUUAACAUCCCCAGUCUUCCCCAUUGAGACCAGUCCCCCUAGGGUUCUGCAGUUUACAAAUUUAAUAAUCCCAAAAGCAGGUAGAUUGUUUGAAAAACAACAACAACAACACACCAGAACAUCCUGCUUCCCAUGGUGACCCUUCAGGGGUGUGUGCUUUGUACAGAAAUGUUCAAUAAACCCUGGCUGCUGACCAGCCUUGGCUCCA